CUCCGGAGGAAGCGGGUAAAACGUAAACAAUAAGGCAACUCCGCGCAUGGUUUCUGUAGUUAGGAAUUGGGUAUUUUCUUUUCUUUUGUUGGACAUCGCACUUUUAUUAGUGCAAAAAGUUAAUUAACUGCUUCUGUAUUAUCAGCCAUAGACUAUAGCCUAGGCAGAGUGUUGACCGCUGGUUAUUUUUGGCUAGCCUCCUGCUGUUAGUUAGCUUUACGGCUAGCGGAGCGCCUCACAGACGGAUCGGUGUGGUUUUGUUAUGUUUACGCUGAAUUACGCUUGACUAUAGAGCCACUUAUCAAACAUGACAGACGGAGAAAGCUUAUAACUAUUUAGCCAUGUAGUGCCUAGUUAGUUAGCCAAAUAGCUAAAUAUCUAUAUUUAUUGAUAUUUUUAUGUGGAUGAUGUUUUAUUUUAAAGGAGAUACUGAAAACGUAUGGCGUAAAGGCAAUAUCAGGAAGGGCCGAGUGGGCAGCUAGUAGGCUAACUGCGUUAGCUAAGCUAAGCGCGUGGAAUGGAGGAGUAUGAGACAUUCGCGAGGCACCGCUUGGCGCUGCUGGUGGAGGCGGCCGGCGAGCGGGGCAUCGCGCGCUCCGCCGGGCGGCCGGUAGGCGGCGGUUCCUCUUGCAUCAGGUUUCACGGCGUCGCCGUCCUUCCGCCUCUGCUCACCGAGCAGCAGAGGGAGCUAAUGCGGGGGUACAGAGGGGAAGCCGCAAGGCUGCAGAGACAGAGGGGUGAAGCACAACCGGACUCCAGGGUGUCCCAGGUGCAGACCCUCCUCGACAGUGUGCAGCUGAGGACGGCACUAACACUUCAGGAGUUCAUUCAAAAUGAGCCAGACGUUGUUGGGACAGGAAGAGCCACCUGGGAUUUUCCUCCGCCUUUGUGUUCCACGGCUAAACCGGUGCAUGAUGGGAAACGGGAUGAGUUCUCAUUUCAUCAUCUGACAUCCAUUUCUUCCGUGACUCUGGAUGCUGCCGACAGUCCAGACCUUACCGACAGGAUGUCUCUGGUCCCUGACACCCGCUGUGCGCUUGUGCACGGUUCUGACGUACAUCAGACCGCAGAGACUCGGUGCCAAACCGGCCAGCACUCUCUGUCAUCUGGUUACAUCACUUCCGACAAUACGGAAGCCGCCAGCCAUACGGCUGCUGCAAUGGAGGCUGUCCAACUAAGCAAGGAGGGACGUCAGGCAGGGAGCCGGGAGAGUUUCAUCCCGCUUGACACUGACUGCUUGGCUGAAGGCACAGGAACAGUGAAAGAGUUUGCACUGGCAUCUGAGGUCAAUCUGGACACUGCUCGUUCUGGACCAGAAGACCCUGGUGUGUGCGAGGUGCCGUAUCGUAUGAGCCUUCAGAAUCUUUUGAAGCAGUCCCAAGAGUACCGGCAGCGGCAGCGGCUGCUGAGGAUGGCAAAGAAUCGGUCCCAGGAGACGGACGAGGCCCAGAACCUUUCUGACAAAGAGAACAAUGAGGUCCCCCUAGUGGAGAAAAAUGAGCUCAGGAAAAGUAAAGAGAGAAGAGCCAAUCAUGCCAAAGUUCGAUUUUCACAGUUUGACCCAUUUUCUGUAAGUGUGGCGGAACAGCCACCGGUCCAGACUCUGUCAGAAACCCCAGAGGUCCAGUCCUCUGUUGGGACAAACCUGGAAAGCAGUGAAAAGGUGUUUGAUUGCGGACGAGUGAAUGUCCCCAAAAAUAUGGGAGUGGCCACCCUUUCUGCAGUUUCUGCUCUGUCUUCGGAGUCACCUGAACCUGACGACUUAGUCGGAGAUAAUCUGACGCGGUCUAUGGCCAGGGAUGAUCCAGCAAGUGAUCAAUCAAAGCCCCUCCCCACUACGUCCUCCUCCGCAGAGCCCUGUGGUCUCGGUGAGGGGCCAAAGAUUGAUGGCACCGUGCCAAAUCAAGUGCCAACCAGUAAGAAGUUUACAACAUUUCCAACUCCCCAGCUGUGCUUGAGUCCUGUCCAUUGUGGAAAGGGCCGAGGUCCCAUUGCUCACACCACCCUGAGUGUCAGUGACAACGCUGGGCUGUCGCGUCACACAAAAGAUGGUGUGAACCAGGCUGUGCAGAUCAGCCAGCUGGAGAUGAAUCUGUCCCGCCUGCAGGCCCUCAUCACUGACUUGGAGUCCACCCUGGAUGAAGGUUCGACUUGCCAAACAUGGGCUAAUGGGAGCCACCUCACGGGUGAGCGGGCGGUACCGCCCAGGGACCUGCUGGGCCUGACCGAGCAUCGGCAGCCCAAACGUCAGAUCACAUCCAUCUCCCAGAAGAUGCGAGUGCCGGAGAUGUUCCGGGACGCUGUGGCGGUUCCACGUAGGAGUCCCGUCCUGGCCGACACUAGCAACCGGCCCCUGCCGGACAACUCCCGCUUCCCAAGCGAUCGGUCAUACGACGUGGAAACGCCGUCCAACCUGUGGCAGUGGGGUGAGGAGACGGGGGCGCGGACACAGAACCAGGGCUCGCCUGCGGGCCAAGGUCCGGGGACGCGAGCCAAACGCAGACUCCUCAUGUGCACCGCGGAAACGAAGUCCCCCAGGACACCGCCGGCGUCACACAGCGCAGCUUGGGGAGGGCCGCGUUCCAGCACCCCCAAAGUGAGGACCGGUACUUCGGCACGGUUCCUGCCGAAGGAGACCCAGCUGCUUGUGGAGGCCCCAAUUAAGGAGCAGGAGAGGGAGCAGCUGCAGAUAUCCUGCCGCCUCAGCUCUCCUUGGCGCCCCCUUGUGGCCGCAGCCGUCAAGGGCUACCUCGCUCGGCGGCUGCUGCGCACGGAGCACGUCGCCCGGCUGGUGCGCACCGUCAAGGACUCUCGGCACUUCCUGUUGGCGUUCCAGCCCCGGACAGCAGAAACAGAGGAGUUUGAUAGCGAACAGGACCUGGAGUUACAGAAGCGGGUCUUACUGCAGCUGCGCUCCGCUCGCUAUGAGAUCUACGACGUCUUCUUCAGCUCCUCAGCAGCGGAGCGGAUGCAGAUCAUCUCCUGGGAUCGGGCGCUGGUCUGGGAGAGGGAGCUGAGACGUCGGGAAAAUGGACAAGAGCGUGGUAAAGGAGGGGCCUCCCUGUCUGCGGCUACCAGGAGGUCCCUGGAGAGGAGGAGGAGCUCAGCGCUACACAAAAUGGCAGUCGAGAGACCGCGGCUGGCUGGUGUGAAGGCUGGCUGCAGACGGGCCUCUCAGCGCCCCAGGCCACGGUGAACCUGCAGCCGUCUGGCUGAAAGUGCAGCAGGACAUGCUAAUAUGCUAGUUUUGGUGUCCCCAGCAGGGGGCGCCAUGACCUCUCGUGCCACAGCUGACCGUGACAAACAGUGACUCCAAGCCACAUUAUUAAUCAUAUGGGCUUCAUUUAUUUUACUAUUUUUAACUUUUUGUUACUUUUUAAAAAAUGCGCUUUCUAAAAUGUUUUUGUGUGUAUAUUAAUGUAUUAGUAGUUUUUUUUCAUCUGUUGCAAAAAUUGGAACCUUUCUAAUAUAUGACGGAUAAAUUAUUUUCUGCAUUUACUUUUUAAUAUUUUUUUUAUAUUUAAGUGUUCAGUAAUAAAACUUUGUCUUUA